GAUGGUCCAGUGUGGCGGGGAGCUCGGGAGUGUGCGCGUCUGUGCGGUGUCGUCUCGGCUUAAUGCGUGGUGACGAAGGGAAAGGCCCAGAGGGAGCAGGAGGUGAUGAGGUGGGGAAACUAAACAUGGAGCUGUUCUGCAAUGAGAAGGAAGGAGUCGUCAGGGCUCUGCUAGACCCCACCAUAUUCAACGACGACAGAGUGCUGCGGAGUUUAAUGACCAUCGAGGACGCGUUUCUCCCGCAGGCGUCCUACUUCCAGCGCGUCCAGAAAGAGCUGCAGCCCUGCAUGAGGAGGAUAUUGGCCACCUGGAUGUUAGAAGUUUGUGAAGAAGAGGAGUGUGAGGAAGAAGUGUUCCUCCUGGCCGUCAAUUACCUGGACCGCUUUCUUUCCGUGGUGCCAACCAAAAAGUCGUCCCUGCAGCUUCUCGGAGCCGUGUGCCUCUUCCUGGCGUCCAAGCUGAAAUCAUACCAACCGUUAUCUGCGAAAAAACUCUGCCUUUACACCGACAACUCAAUCACAUCUCAAGAGCUGCUGAACUGGGAGCUGAUAGUUCUGGGAAAACUCAAGUGGAACCUGGCAGCUGUCACACCUCACGACUUCAUAGAGCACAUCCUACGCAAGAUACCCUUACCCGAAGACAGACUGAAGCUGAUUCGAAAACACGCACAGACUUUUAUUACCCUUUGUGCCACAGAUCACAGCUUUGCGAUGUUCCCUCCCUCGAUGAUCGCCACAGGGAGCGUUGGUGCAGCGGUGUGCGGACUGCAGAUCAACCACACGGAGAGCAAAGUCUGGGGAGAAGGCAUGACUGAACUGCUGGCCAAAAUCGCCCACAUUGAAGUAGAAUGUUUGAAGUCUUGUCAGGAAAAGAUCGAGCAGUUACUGACCAGCAGCCUUCGACAAAUCCGGCAACACAAGUACCAAGAAGGCGGGGCCAACAGCAAAGAGGUGGAGCCUCAAAGCCAGCCCUGCACCCCGACAGACGUCCGUGACAUCAAUUUAUGAUGUUUCCUCGCCAUACCCAGCAGUCCUCAAUCUGGAAAACAAACGUAUACAUAAAGAAUUUAAUUAUAAUAAUAAUUCUACAUAUAUGGAGUUUAAUAAAUUUAUGCGUAACUUAAGAAUCUAUAAUAUAUUCAGACGGCUUUACAACACAGAAUUUAAUCUAGUAUCUGCAGUACAUCAAACACACAGUGAAGCAGUAUAUAUAUAUAAAUAUAUUACAUUACAUAAAUGUCUACUUAAAAAGGUAAAUUAAAAUUGCUUUAUUGUUUUUGUUAUUAUUAUUAUUAUUAUUAUUAUUAUUAUAAUAUUAGGGUGUUAUUCUGCACUAGUUACAUUUUGACAAUUUCUAUUUAUCAAAUGGAAACGUGUAUUGUGCAUGUUAGCUGCGUUUCAGUGAACAGGAAGUACAAUUCCCAGGCUUGUGUAUUACAAGCCAAAGACUAAGACAGAAGACGUUUGUAGUUCGCAGGUACGUUUUAUCGUGGAAGAACAAACAAAUACACAAAUGGCGCUUGAUGAAUUUUUGCCUCGUUGCAGUUCAACAAGCUGAUUUCCAUUAACUGAGAGUUGCCUGUACAGAUUCAGAAAGGUUAGGAUGGAGCUUCUAUUGGACUCCUGUAAGUAAAGGUAAAGAAGGUAAAGAGAAACAAGUACGUGAAUGACGAUGAGAAGGAAAAGGCAAGUCAGCGAACGUGAGGUUGCGGAAUGAACGAAAUCGCAAUAGUGGUAUUCCUGCAAGCAAGAGUCUUUUGUGGGUGUUAGGACAACAGUGUCGUUAUGCAAUAUCUGAGUUUAUUUAAAAGUGAUUGAGCAAGUUCUUCAACUCCAUCGGUCAUGCUUUUAUUUUAUUAUUUUAUUAUUAUUUUUUUUAACCUAGGGAACUAAUUAGCCUAGGUUUUCUGACAUUUUAUUAUAAAUUUCUCAAAGCCAAAACAGUGCACUUUUCCAUUAUUCCCAAGUUCUUAUUGUGUACAAUAAGAUGAACAGAGUUUUUUUUUUUUUUUUUUUUUUUUUUCUAAUGAGAAAAAGUUUUAUCAUUUUCUCUCUUCUUUUUUUUCUUUUUUUUUAAGUUAUUAUCUAUUUUGGGGCUGGUUUCCCAUCGUGUUAGGUAUACUUGCAGGGUUUAUUGGUUAGCAUUAACCGAGGGUAGCUGAAAAAGGUUUUGAGGACUGCCUACUGGAUUCCAUCGUAGCAAUUGAAAAGGUCUUUUCUUUUUCUUUUAUUUUUUCCUCGUUUUGGCGAACAAUUGUACCGUGCAAGUUUAGAUAGCAUAUUGUUAAAUUUAUCUAUUAGUCUUCAUAGUUUUUUUUUUUUGUUUUUUUUGUCGUUGCUGUCGUUAACAGCUCAAUAUUAUAAAAGUUUAAGAGUAUAUACUUGAAUUUUACUUUUGCUGAUUCACCUCAAAACAGCUUCAACUUCAUUAAAAAGUCAAAUGUUCAUAAAGAAAGACGCAUAAUUAACUAUACUGCCAUAUUUACAAUGCAAUAAACUAAUAUACUGUUUUAAUUACACCAAUUUACAUUCCAAUGUAUUGCAUUAUAUAUGGGCUACUGUAUUCUCAUAAGACCAUGUCAGAUUUAUUCUGCCCUUUUUUUUCUGUCUCUUAUUGUUUUGUGUUCAUUUGAUUCUUUUGGAACAACGAUAUGCUGCUAAGGAGAGAAAAAAAGCUUGCCUUACACCGAUGAUAUUGUGUGCCUACAUUCCACUUUGUGUGCUGCUACGGUUAGGAUAUGAUGAUUUUUUUUUUUUUUAAAUGCUAGUAUGUCUCUGCUUUAUUUUUGAAGAACUGUCGGAGUGGAAAGUAAAGCAAGUGCUUAGUGUUCAGUUGCAUGCCUUUUGUUACCUUUAAUCUGUUGCUGUUGUUACUGGUAUGAAUUGCUUGAUUUUUUUUUUUUUUUUUUUUUUUUUUUUUUGCUAGGCACUUAAAGAAAAAAAAAAGCAGGAAUGCUUGCUGCUUAAGUUCUUUACUGUACAUGUUUAUCAGGGAGCUUAAGCUGCCGGUUGAGAGCGUUCAAGAUUUAAGAGUGAGUAAUGUAACGUUCCUUGCAUUACAUGUUUUAGUUGAUUGGCUGCUGUCAUGUUUGACAUUAGGUUAUUUUAUUUGUGCUCAGAUCGUCCUGAUAAGGUCUAUCCACUAUUAAAGUCCAGAUCUGGUGCUUCAUAUGCGCAACAACAGGACCCAUGCAUUACAGUCCUGCGCAUUUUGUUUUUUUUGUUUGUUUUUCCCCAACAAUUUUCCCCUUAUUUUGUCUGGGAUUAAUGUUACCUCACUUGCCCUGUCAUACAAUUUAUAGCAAACUCAAAUGUAUAUAUUUUUUUAAUAUAUCUUUAUGCUAAACUUGAGAUAAUGUCUAUUUUCAACCUUCUCUCCCGAACCUUAUGUGUCUUAAAAGACUUCAUGCAGAUGUUGGUGAUAAGGCUCAGUAGAUGCCACAGUUAAACAUCAACCAACACCACUUGCACAUUAUUGGAGCUCGGCUGGUAGUUAUCGCACCUACAGUCCUGACCUCGCUCCAAGUGCAUUGUGCACUGUAGUGCAGCAGGGGGUUAUAUAGAAAAAUAAAAGGUGUUUAUUACGCUCAUAACUGUUCUUUUAUUCUUCACGAUCAAAGGCCCAGUUUGACUUGAACACCCCUUAUAUUUUUUUCUGUUAUGUUUGUCUACAUUCUAGUUUAUAUCUAGUGAUAAAUGUGUGAAAUAGGCAAAACAAGAUAAAUGUUUUCUUUAAAAUAUAUACGUUUUGAUUUCUUGUGUGUAUUGUUUGCUAAAAUUGAUUACACCAAAGUUGUGUGCAAUUUGUAAUUUACAUCUAAGACCAAAGAACAAGGUAAAUUUUCAUAAUUUUAUUUUUAUUUAAAGAAAAAAAAAAUUGGCUGGGCUAUACCCUGGUUAUAAACUUGAGUAUGAGAAUAAUGCUUGUUCUACAUUCUGUCUGUUCAAUAAAGUUAAACAGGACA